UGUGGCUUGCGGGUGUUGAGUUUGGUUCUCCUCCCCUUGCUAUGGGUCUGGAGCUCUACCUGGACCUGUUGUCCCAGCCCUGUCGCGCCGUCUACAUCUUCGCCAAGAAGAAUGGCAUCCCCUUCGAGCUGCGCCCGGUGGAGCUGCUCAAAGGCCAGCACCUCAGCGAUGCCUUUGCCCAGGUAAACCCCCUGAAGAAGGUGCCUGUCCUGAAGGAUGGGGACUUCACAUUGACAGAGAGUGUGGCCAUCCUACUCUACCUGACACGCAAAUAUAAGGUCCCUGACCACUGGUACCCUCAGGACCUGCAGGCUUGUGCCCGUGUGGAUGAGUUCCUGGCAUGGCAGCACACAACCUUGCGGAGAAACUGCCUCCGGACCCUGUGGCAUAAGGUGAUGUUCUCUGUUUUCCUGGGUGAGCCGGUAUCUCCCGAGAUGCUGGCAGCCACACUGGCAGAGUUGGAUGUGACCCUGCAGGUACUUGAAGACAAGUUCCUCCAGAACAAGGCCUUUCUCGCAGGGCCCCACAUUUCCCUGGCUGACCUGGUAGCCAUCACAGAGCUGAUGCAUCCCGUGGGUGCUGGUUGCCAAAUCUUUGAAGACCGACCCAAGCUGGCAGCAUGGCGCCAGCGCGUGGAGGUAGCAGUGGGGGUGGUCCUCUUCCAGGAGGCCCAUGAGGUCAUCCUGAAGACCAAGGACUUUCCACUUGCAGACCCUUCCGUAAAGCAGAAGCUGAUGCCUAGGGUGCUGGCCAUGAUACAAUGAGCUGAGCUGCCUCACCCCUGUUCUGCUGUUUGCAGUUCACAAAGCCCCUUCAUUUCAGUGUCCCAUGGGAUGCAGAUCCAGAGAGCAGGAAUGACUUGCCCGAGCCCCGUUGCUCCUCAGGUCAGGUGCCUACCCCCACCCCAUCUUCCACUGAUGCCUGAGAGCCAUGAGAUGAGAAUAGCACACUCAGACCUUGUCUCCUUUAAUCAUUAUAUUUUGUUUUCCAUUUGGGAAAUAAA